AGAGCUGCUCCGUAAAGAAGGAGAGAAGGAGAAACAGUGAAGUGCGUUUUUAUUUUAGUAUUGACUUUGAUAGAAUGUGAAUGUGCUGAGAGAGAUCCUCACAGCUGCUCGGCUGAUUCAGACUCUGGUCUCCGAGUGAAUCCAUGGCAGGUGUGUAAGAGCUCGUCCUCCACCGCCUGACUCACAGGACAAAGAAGUGCAGAUAUACCAGAUUGAACAUGUCUCUUUUGGGAGGAGUUUCGUCCUCCGUCGUCCUGUCUCCCAGGAGGGAAACGGCGGCGCUGCAGACCAACCCGGCCGACGUCCCGGCACUGGAGAUCAAACUGGGAGCGCUGGUGGUCCUGCUGUCCAUCACGCUGCUGUUCGGCUUCGCUCCUCUCUGCAUCAUCCGGGGGGGCGGCCGCUGCAGCGUCAACCCAGAGUCACGGCGCAGGCUGCUGAGUUUGAUCAGCUGUUUUGCUGGAGGAGUUUUCUUGGCCACGUGCCUGCUGGACCUGCUGCCAGACUACCUGCAGGACAUCAACGAGGCCUUCAGCAAUGCAGGAAUCACACUGCAGUUUCCUUUGCCUGAGUUCAUCAUGGCGAUGGGCUUCUUCCUGGUCCUGGUCCUGGAGCAGAUAGUCCUGGCCUUCAAGGAGCAAUCGUCUUUACACCCGGAGGAGCGGCGGGCUCUGCUGGUGGACUCCAGUGUCCAGCAUCACUCCCAUCAACGCCGCCGGGGGUCAGAGGAGUCGGACGGUGGCCACUUCCACGUGGACUUUGGCUCCCAGUCCGCCCUGCGUGCCUUCAUCCUGGUCUUCUCACUGUCUCUGCACUCGGUGUUCGAGGGUUUGGCGGUGGGGCUGCUGGAGGAAGGGAAGGCGGUGCUGGAGAUCUGCCUGGCCCUGAUGAUCCACAAAAGCAUCAUCUCCUUCAGUCUGGCCUUCAAACUAACCCAGGGCCGGCUGCGGCGCUCAGUGGUGGCCGGCUGCCUGCUGCUGUUUGCCAUCAUGUCCCCGCUGGGUAUCGGCCUCGGCAUCGCCCUCACCGAGACCAAGGCGUCCCCGCAGCACCAGCUGGCCCGCUCCACACUGGAGGGGCUGGCGGUGGGAACCUUCAUCUACAUCACAUUCAUGGAGAUCCUACCGCACGAGCUCAGCAACGGCAGGUACCGCAUCCCCAAGGUGGCCAUGUUGCUGGUGGGCUUCGCCGUGGUCACCGCUGUGCUCUUCAUCAAACUGUAACCGUGGCAACACAGCACUUAGCAAGAGGCCCUGAGGAGAGUUCACAUGUUGAGUAUCUAUAACAGCCAUCAGACGCUACACGUCAGUGCGUCUGGUUGCAAACUACAUUCAGAAUAUGUAUGAAAGGAGUCUUUGUAGAUCUUUAUAAUGUUUUGGAAAAUAAUAGAAUCAUAUUAUGAAAACUUUAUUUGUUUUUAAACUAUCAGCAUGUAGAUUCUGUUGGUGUUAAGGACGGGAAGCACGAUGGAAUCACAGUGAUCAAUAGAUUCACUAGCAGGGUAAAGGAAAUCAGCCUGGAUUUUUGGCAUUUAGUUAAAUUUUGGUAAACUUUCAUCCGUGAAUUUGCACCGUUCACCAGUAGUAAACCAUCUUGACAGUGCUGACCUUUGAAGAUACAGAGUCAAAAAUGGAAGUUAUUGUAGUUUAUUAGCUGUGUUGUAUAAUUCUCUUUUAUUUUAACCUCCUCUGUCAGAGUAAAACUGCUCCAUUAAAAGGUUUGCAGACUUUUAUUAGACAGGCAUCAAUGGUACAUAUUCAUAUACUGCAUAAAGUUAUUGUGUUAUUGGUUAAGUGGUAAACUUAUUUGCAUUAAGUCAUUUUCUUGUUAGCAACAGAGCUAAGGUGAUAAUUAGCAAGCUUUUCUAGCAGUUAGCACAUCACCGAUAGCAACUGACCAACUAGAUCAAACUAGCCCUUUGCAACAUAAUCAGUACGUCACUGAGCUUCUGGUUCCACCUUUUCCACAUGGACCAGUGAAUGUCACUUUGUGGUGUGACCACCUAUCUUUGGAGUAUCAAUUACUCCCCAGUAGCCCCUGUUAGAGGGUUAUGUUGAGUUCCUGCACAUGCUCAGUGGCACCUGCCUUAAGGCCCGUCCACACCAAGAACUAUAACUAUAUAUAUAUAUAUUUAUAGUUAUAGUUUUAAAAAUUGCUCUAACCCCAGUGGAUGGACGAGUCCACACCACAACUAUAAACCAUACAGCAUGACAAAAUCUGCAUCCAGUCUGAUAUUUACAGUAAAACUUCAAACCCUGCAAAUAUCAUCUUAAUUAUGGACACUGACUGAUGACUUUAUUUAUGAAUAUUUUUUCAUUUUACUGCAGCUUUGCUCCUCUCUCAGCACAGAUUGGAGCAGAAUGACACCCAGAGCUAAUUUCUUUAGAGAGGUUUGUCCCUCUUUAUUAUACAAAGACGCUGGAGUUAUUAUAAAGUGAUAUAAAUGUUCUCAUGUUCAGAUGUGAGCUCAUACUGUGAGUCUCUGCUUCAACAUGUGCUGCUGUGUGUCGGCUCAGUUUAGACAUCACAGCAGCUAGAGUCUGAAAUACUUCUGAUCAACACACUGAAUCAGCACCAAGCCUGUCAACCCUUCAGCUUUUCUUUUUAUCUCUCUGUACAACGUACAGCAGUAACAGCUCAUCUAGAUCUAUUUUCAUUAGCUGCAGACACAGCUGGAAGCAGCAGUUGUGAGACAGGGCAUUAUAGUUCAUAAGUGUGGAAGUUCACAUUGUUAUCUUUAUAGGUACUGUUAUAGUUAUCCCUCUUAGUGUGGAUAGCCCUUUACACUGAACUGAACUCUAAACAAACUGAACAAACUCUUCCCAAUAAAGGAACAUGGUCAGCGAUGUGGCUCAUUGAUGGGAUUUUAAUAGAUUUUGGACAUGAGCACACAACACUUGUUAAUAGUUUAGUUCAUUGCUGACUGUUGGUUUGGAUUGAAAACAUGAGAUUUAUUGACAAGAAGAAAAAUAAAGAAAAUCUCCAGUCUGAUCCUUUGAAGUUAAGUUCCUGCAGGGCUAGACGUGACCCUCUGUUUCUGGUGUCAGAUUUCUGCUUUUUGUUCAUAACUUUUAAACAUAAUCUGGACAUCUUUUACAUUUGCCAAACAAAUGGUAUUGGGAGAAGAUUUUUGUCAUUUAAAAACAUAAUUUCCAGGAGACAGGGCUGCAAGGUGACCUCCUCAUGACUUGUAUUGUCCAAAGCUUUAAGAUAUCCUUUUUUUGUUUUUUUGACAUAACUCUCGUGAUAUAGCUUAAUUUUUGCUUCCAUUGCCUGAAGCCUUUAUUUUGUUUUGUUUUCUAAAUUCUGACGCUUUCACUGUCACAUGGAACAUGGCUGGAUCUAUUUGUCAGUAUUGCCCC